AUGGACUCUGCCGGGCCUGGUCCGCCCACCACUUCCCACCGUCGCUCACGACAACCUACGGCGCCCUCCAACGCUGUCGCAAUGGAACCCAACAAUCCUGACCCUGCGACCCAAGGCAUUGAUCGUGCUAGGCCUACCAUGCCGGCCAGCAAGUCAAAGGUCCCGCAGCCCACCGAACUUGGAGUUGCUGGCAUAGUAGCUGCCUACAUGCCUAGCCAGUUACAACUUCUACAGAGAGGGGUUGGGCUGAAGAGAGAUACGCGGAAGCUCAAAGACGGCAAGAUUCACUUACCCCUUGGUGGAAAUCCGGAUUUCGUUUCGCUUGUGAACGACAUUCGCACUGCCUUUAGCGAAGUUUACAGUUACUUGGCAGAACGUGAUAGGAACAUUCGCACUUUGCAAAUGCUGUUCACGAAAUCAUCUGCUGCGGUCAAUCGAGUCGACGGACGUGUUACAUCUCUCAAAGGAAGCGUAAAGCGGACACCACGCUUCGCAAGCAAUGAAUGUCGCAGUCUCUUCGAGUCGAUGAUCAAGGAGGCCUUGGCUUCUUUCCAACCGGACACUCAAACAGUUCUCUUACAGAAAUCCGAGCUUGAACUCUUGUACGACCGGAUCGAAAAGCUCGAGAAGAGAUCGAGGAAUCUCGAGCAUUGCGUCAAAUGCUGCGACAACGGACUCGCGCACCGAACCGAACAGAAGCACUCGUCUGAAAAAGAUGAGAGUUUCCAUCAGUCACAGCGGUCACAGCCAGAGUCUGAUCCCGGAUACCACUCCGAGUUCAUGACCCCAUCCCUGAAAUUUGAGAGCAAAGAGAUGCAGUCAGUCAAGUAUAAUGUUCCAGAACACGAUAACGAUUUGUUGGACGAUUCCAAGGAUUCUGUAGCGGUAGAUAUGACAUCGCAACUGUCCGAUACCCCAACUGUCUAUACCCUCACAGCGUUUCAGCCUGACGCCGUUGCCUCCGACGCUAGCGAUGCUUCUUCGGAUCAGGAUGAUCCCACUUUCAACAUUGGCGAGAUUACUUUUAGUCACGAGAACCGUGUUCCGCAUAGUCUCGAUGAUGCUGCCCUAGCACUCAGCUCGGCCCAACUGCCUGACAGCGCGUCUGUGGAUUCAAAAUCACCCUCUCAGCUCGACGAUUCCACCUCAGACUCCACAACGCAGAUCGAUCAUUCCAAUUCCGACAGGGAGCGGAAUGCGGAGCAAGCCGAGAUCUCCGACCUUGCCCAGAAUGUCGUUGAAGCAGAGCGAUCUCAUGGCCAAGUAUUCACUCCAGAUACAGAGGCUACUCCUAACGAGGACAAAGAGAAUUCGGGCAACCUUUUUGACGAUUCGGAGGUAGUCAGCUCGGAUACUCCCUCUGUGACCGACUUGGUCACUCCUGUUCCGACUUUGAUGCUCGGGGAUGAUAGCUCCAUCACUGCGAUGCAGAUCGAUACUCCAGGCGAAGAGACGAAUUCCACAUCAUCAUCUGAUCAGUCUAGUGGUUCACUUGGUGUCCAAGCAUCCACUCCCGAGGGCCACGUUGCCAAUGGCUCUCCCGACGCGAAGACCGAAAUCCAAACCCAGGAGAACGUAGUCGAGCUCUCCAACGACAAUGGUUUUAUUCAAGCGAAGACAGACUCCAAUGAUGCCCUCACAGCUCUUCUUGAUGAGAAUGCUACAGGCCCAAGCGAUUCCCCCACACUUCUAUCGCAUGAGACAAUCUCACUCGAGGCCACUGUCGAUGACGAGGUGUUGGAGACUCAAGUUGGUUCGGCCCAGCAUAGCGCUGGCGAGAAAACCAUAGAGGGUCUUGACGACGCGGAAGGGGAUGAUAAGCCCCACGACGAGGACUCUGAUGAUUCCGAUGACGAGUCUGACGGCAGAGAUGAUGGUGCGGAGCGCUCCCGGGUUGCUCAAGGCGUAGUCAAUACGCACUCCGAAGCCGAGCUAAUUCCUGAGGCCCAAGAAUCCAACUCCGCUGCAGAUGCGGAGGAGCCCUCUGAUCACGACGCCCUAACCUCUACCUCUGAUAUCAGUAACCUGGAUUCGAUCAUUGCAGAAUUUUCAGAAGCGCCUCUUUCGGGGUCUGCCGCGCUGCCCGCUGCUUCUGCAACUACGUCUGAACCCUCGGCCGUCUAUCAAGGCCUUACUGAACCGGAGGCCGCGGGAUCUGGAAUAGCCUCAAACAACUCAGAGGAUGGCGUGGACCGUUCUGACCAUGGCCAAGGGGGUGCGGAGGCGUCCGGAGGCUCUCAGCGCAACGACGAAGAUGAUACUUUGCGAUCUGAAGGCGCCUCCCCGGACGUUCCCCUAAAUCGCACCACGGAGCCGACCUCAAAUCCAAAGGCCUCAGAUAGCACGCUUCGAACCACGGGAUCUGCCAAUGACUCCACACUGUCGAGUGCCCCUCACAUGGCCGUAAAGCCAGGCAGCGCCCUUCCUUUCUCAGGCCUAACUCCACAGUCUGCGUCGAGGACUCCGUCGAGGGGCUUGGUUCUUGCCCCUGGGCGCUUUGUAUUCAAUCAUAGCCCCAAAUCAGACAUCACUGAGCAAGCUAUGGACUUUCAGCCUGCAGUGCCCGAGGCUCCUCCAACCUCUCCAGUGACUGGGCAAGGACUUCUUGGGACUGCGCCGGAAUCGGAUGCAAAGAGGGGAGUAGAUGCUUUCGACGCGGAAAUGGAAGAUGUCUCCGGGGACACAUCAGCGGACCAGCUCGACGGCCGAGCUGCAGCGGCUGUCAAGCCAAAUCCUGUUGCUCAAGAUGACCUUGAAACUGGCAAUGUCGAUAUGAAGGACGAGACCCAAGACAGCGAUGGUGAUGAGGAGAUAGGCGAUGAUGCAAAUUCAUCUAGAGGCGGCGUGCCCGCCCCAUCUCCACCUCAAGCGCCUCAGCUCUCCGCGCAGCCUUCCCUACCAUCGGGGCUAUUUCUUGCAGACGCCACUCUUCGUGAAUACGUAGACGGACGUCAAAAAAGCUUGAAAGACGUCUAUGAUGAGAUGCUGAAAGUCGGUAUUGCACUCAAUGCUGGCUUGUCUGACGAAGAUUUCGUAAGACUAGCACGCGGCAUGGAGUUCAAGAUCGCGCGUGGGCACGGAUCAAGCUUCCCUAGGUAUCGUGAGGAGAUCGGCAAACUGUUAGCUCAAAUUCGCAUGGUUCGGAGUCGUAAUCUCUGGAACUUAUAUCUUGGGGGCUGGAGACAGUCGGUCAAGAAUCUUCCGGCUUCAAGGCCACCACCGACGGCGAUGGAUGUCACAACGCAGUCUGCUCCCAACCCGCAGGCUUCGUCUUCCAGCAACAACAUGCCACAGCCGAGCUCUCUGUCGGGUACUCAACCACGCCUUCCUCCGCAGCUUCAACCCUUUCAGGCGACGUCUACCAUGACGACGAGUGAUUCUCGUACUCCGAAACCCAGCAGUUUUGAGGUUCAAAAAGAACAACAUGCACGCCAGCAGAAUGUUCAAGUUUCCACUCGGCCUCUCGUUGAUCCAAAGCCUUCGACAGGCACGCCUCGCCCAACUCACACGGGAAACCAACAUCGCGAAAGGCAAAUCAUCCCAACUUUCGCGCACGCUCAGCCUACGUUCCAUCGGGAGGCCUCCAUGGGAGCGCCACGUUCAAAGCAGGCAGAACUGCAACAUCGUGGUACGCAAGUCGUCUUAGCUUCCGCGCCUCAAAACGGCCCUCGCCGUCCCCUUCCCAACCUCCCCGAAGGUCUUCGACCUGUGUUUCUUGAACGAAAUCCCUACCAUCCCAACGAUCCUGCCAAGGAGCAUGCAUACUCCAUCUGGCUAGACAAGAGUCGCCUGGACAAUCUCGCCAAGCUAUACGACCGACUGCAAUACAAGAACCAUGAACGUCUGUUCCAAGGUGCUCCACUAUUCACCGUUGACGACAUUGUGACUCGAGCCGUCAAGGCCGAGGAACGAUCAAUCCGGUACUGGGCAGGGCUCGAUUACGUGUUUCGACGGAACGACGCGCUGUACAUGGAGCGGAUGAGAAUCGAGGACGAGAACGGCAGGAUCGAGAUUGGCACGGCCCAGAUGCGCCAGUUUAGGCAAGAUCUCGCGGCACAAGAAAAAGCAGAAGCUCUCGCAGAGGAAGAGAGAAUGCAGAAAUUACGCAUCCAGGUAAAGGUCAUGGAUGCAGACUUCCAGCGCCGCUGGAAGUUGGCCGAGCCACAGCUCGCACGUGACCUGGCUGCGGACAAAGCCUACCGCGCGAAGAAGGCGCAAGAAUUGGAAGAGGAUUGGCGGCGGAAGAUGGAAGUCAAGGAGCGCGCUAACGAGGAGAUGCGUAAGGCUCUGAGCGAGGCCGCACGCUUCAUAGCUUUGACGAAGGCCAAAGAAGCUCAGGCGGAGGCGGACAGGGCGGGGCUGGAGUAUCAGAAGUGGCAAGCUGCCAUGAUGGAGCUUGAGAACCAGGAAAAGGCGGCGAGGGAAGCUGCUCUACUUGAUGGAGCUACGCCCUCUGUACGGGACACUCUGGCUGAACGUGCUCGGGAACGCGACCUUCAGGCGGCGAGCGCGAGGCGACGGCCUGACGAAGAGGAUAGCCCUACAGAGGAAGAGGGCGGCCCUUCAGAGAUGCGAGCCCUCACCGCGGCGCCAGAGAACAACACAGCGUCUACGAAUGGUGUCUUUUCCGUGCCUGGCGAUGAUGGCUGGGACGACGACGAUAGUGAUGAUGGAUGGGGAGGCGACGACGGAGCCGAGCUUGCAUUCAACCAGACCCUCGGGGACUCCAAGAAGCGCGGCCGUUAA